CGAACAAUGACAAUCCGUCAAUCGCACGCGUUAUCGUUGCCACUAGCCAGCUCGGGCAGAUAAUACUACGACGCAGGUAAAAACAUGUCAUACCGUCCGUCAUUUGCAGCAUUGACAACGAAAAUGUUUCCGCGGGAUCUGCUGCUGAUACUGCUGCUCACCUGCAUCCUUUACAGACACAGCUAUGCACAAGAAAUGAAGCAGACUAUAGCUUGCGUGCAAGGUGCUGCCCAGCUAUGUAUGAAUAUUUUUAUGGCGCUCUUAAUAUGGUUUACGUCAGCAAGACUUGAAAUACUCAUCGAAAAAUUGCAAAAAAUUACAAACAUUUCUGAAUUAAAGAAAUGUAUUCAAGAACAUCAAAAUCUAUUAAAAUAUGCGGAAGAAGUGACCAUUUUAAUUCGUCCUAUAGCAUUAUCAACUGUGAGCCUUAGUACUAUCGCACUAAUAAUAGUAGGCCUCAUUUUGUUAACCGAUCAGCCGUUGUCAAUGAAAAUCCAAUGCGUUGGUAUAAUGUUUAGUGGAUUAUCAGUGGUAUUCAUGUAUACGUGGCCAGCAGAACAUUUGAUUCAUAUAAGUGAUGAGAUUGGACAGGCAGUCUUUGAUACGGAAUGGUAUCAACAACCAGUCGCUCUAAGAAAGACUCUACAGAUAGUUAUGUUAAGGGCUCAAAAACCAAUAAUUAUCUCAGUACCAUGUGUUAUGCCCGCAUUAUCUUUAAAAUACUAUGCAUCGAGCAAUGACAUUGGUCAUGCUGGAUAUGAAUCGUCAUGGUACAGUAAAGAUAUAUCUUUACAGAAGAAUUUAUUACAUACUGUGUCGAGAUGUCAAUAUCCUGUAACUCUAACUGUGCCAUGUCUGCUACCGACUCUUUCACUUAAUUAUUAUGCUUCUAAACAACCAUUAACUGUAAAAACCCAAUUUUUUGGCGUUGCCGCAUCCGCAAUUGUAGAGGUUUUUAUCUGCGCAUGGCCAGCUGAUUAUUUAUUACGCACAAGUAAUGACAUUGGUUAUGCUGGAUAUGAAUCGUCGUGGUACAGUAAAGAUAUAUCUUUACAGAAGAAUUUGUUAUAUACUGUAUCGAGAUGUCAACAUCCUGUAACUCUAACUGUGCCAUGUCUGCUACCAACUCUUUCACUUAAUUAUUAUGCCUCUGUAAGUCUAUCUUAAAUUAGAAUAGUCA